AAAUUUCCUUGCGUGCAGGGUUCUACUGUGAACAUAAUUAUCGGUUCUCAUGUUUGGGUUGAAGACCCAGAACUCGCUUGGGUAGACGGGCAAGUGUCAAAGAUUGAUGGAAAGGAAGUGGUGGUCCAAACUAGCCAUGGGAAGAAGGUUGUUGCAAAUUUAUCCAACAUCUUCCCCAAGGAUAUGGAAGCUCCUGCUGGUGGAGUGGAUGAUAUGACUAAGCUAUCAUAUUUACAUGAGCCUGGGGUUCUGCUAAACUUGGCAACCCGUUACCAACUAAAUGAAAUAUAUACAUAUACUGGAAGUAUUCUUAUUGCCAUUAAUCCAUUCCAAAGACUUCCUCACCUGUAUGAUGGUCACAUGAUGGAGCAGUACAAGGGAGCACCAUUUGGAGAACUAAGUCCUCAUGUUUUUGCAAUUGCUGAUGUUGCUUAUAGGGCAAUGAUAAACGAGUGUAAAAGCAACUCCAUUUUGGUCAGUGGUGAAAGUGGAGCUGGUAAGACUGAGACAACUAAGAUGCUUAUGAGAUACCUUGCCUAUUUGGGAGGACGUAAAGGCACUGAAGGGAGAACAGUUGAACAGCAAGUUCUAGAAUCAAACCCAGUCCUUGAAGCAUUUGGCAAUGCAAAAACUGUCAGAAACAACAAUUCCAGCCGUUUCGGUAAAUUCGUUGAGAUUCAAUUUGACAAGCAUGGACGAAUUUCAGGAGCAGCAAUUAGAACUUACCUUCUUGAGAGAUCACGCGUUUGUCAAGUUUCAGAUCCAGAGCGUAAUUAUCAUUGUUUUUACCUUCUUUGUGCGGCACCAAAGGAGGAAGUUGAGAAAUAUAAGUUGGGAAAUCCACGAUCAUUUCACUAUCUAAAUCAAUCAAACUGCUAUGACCUUGUGGGAAUAAGUGAUGCUCAUGAUUACCUUGCCACUAGGAGAGCUAUGGAUAUUGUUGGAAUAAGUGAAAAAGAACAGGAAGCAAUAUUUAGAGUUGUGGCUUCAGUUCUUCAUCUUGGCAAUAUUGAAUUUGCCAAGGGUAAAGAAAUUGAUUCAUCUGUUUUAAAAGAUGAUAAAUCUAAGUUUCAUCUUCAGACUGUCGCAGAUCUUCUCAUGUGCGAUCUUUCUGCCCUAGAAGAUGCAUUACUUAAGCGCGUGAUGAUUACCCCAGAAGAGGUCAUUAAGAGAAGUCUUGAUCCCAUUGGUGCAACAGUAAGCAGGGAUGGCUUAGCCAAGACGAUGUAUUCCCGUUUAUUUGAUUGGUUGGUGGACAAAAUUAACAAUUCUAUUGGUCAGGAUCCUGACUCAAAAUCAUUGAUUGGGGUGCUUGAUAUCUAUGGUUUUGAAAGUUUUAAAACUAAUAGCUUUGAGCAGUUCUGCAUCAAUUUUACCAAUGAAAAGUUGCAGCAACAUUUCAAUCAGCACGUCUUCAAAAUGGAACAAGAAGAAUACACUAAAGAGGAAAUUGACUGGAGCUACAUAGAAUUUGUUGACAACCAAGACGUUCUCGAUCUUAUUGAAAAGAAACCAGGAGGAAUUGUGGCACUGCUUGAUGAGGCCUGCAUGUUUCCAAAGUCAACUCAUGAAACAUUUGCACAAAAGCUUUAUCAGACAUUCAAAUCUCACAAGCGAUUUGUCAAGCCAAAAUUGUCCCGUACAGACUUCUCCAUUGCCCAUUAUGCUGGUGAGGUGCUGUAUCAAUCAGAUCACUUUCUUGACAAGAAUAAAGACUAUGUUGUCCCCGAACAUCAAGAUCUGUUGAAUUCAUCCACAUGUCCCUUUGUAGCAGGACUUUUUCCACCGAUUCAAGAGGAAGCAACAAAGUCGUCUAAAUCGACUAAAUUCUCAUCUAUUGGUUCUCGAUUUAAGCUGCAACUGCAGUCACUUAUGGAAACGCUGAAUUCUACGGAACCACACUAUAUUAGAUGUGUGAAGCCAAAUAAUCUUCUUAAACCGGCUAUUUUUGAGAAUGCCAACAUCAUGCAACAACUACGUUGUGGAGGUGUUCUAGAGGCAAUUCGUAUCAGUUGUGCUGGAUACCCUACUCGGAAGACAUUUUUUGAAUUCCUCCAUCGGUUCAAUCUUCUUAAUCCCGAGGCAUUGGAGGGAAACAAUGAUGAAAAACUUGCCUGCAAGAAGAUUUUGGAUAAGAUGGCGCUAAAUGGUUUCCAGAUAGGGAAAACAAAAGUUUUUCUAAGGGCUGGUCAAAUGGCUGAUUUAGAUGCACGAAGAGCAGAAAAACUCAACAAUGCAGCAAAGACAAUCCAAAGAAAGAUCAGAACUCACAUUGCAAGGAGACGUUUUCUUUCCAUGCGGAAGGCUGCCAUAUGUGUUCAAUCUUCGUGCAGAGGAAAUCUUGCAUGCAAGAUAUAUGGGAACAAGAGGAUGGAGGCAGCGGCCCUUAAAAUUCAGAAAUAUUCACGUAGGCACCAGUCAAGAUUGGCUUACACGCGACUCAAGUUCUCGGGUCUUAUAGUGCAGACAGGUUUAAGGGCAAUGGCUGCUCGUAAUCAGUUCAGAUAUGGAAAGCAGGCAAAGGCAUCUACUUUUAUCCAGGCCCAUUGGCGUGGUCAUCGAGCUUCUUUAUACUACAAGAAACUUAAAUGGGCAACUGUUUUUACACAAUGUCGAACCAGAGGAAGAAUAGCCAGGAGAGAGCUUCGGAAACUUAAGAUGGCUGCAAGAGAGACAGGUGCGCUACAAAUAGCAAAAGAUAAGCUUGAAAAGCAGGUUGAAGAGCUCACAUGGCGUGUGCAGUUGGAAAAACGUUUAAGGACUGACAUGGAAGAGGCAAAAGCCCAGGAGAUAACAAAGUUGCAGGAAACCUUGCAAGGUAUGCAGAGUAAAAUUCAGGGAACAAAUGCCUUACUUGUCAAGGAACGUGAAACUGCACAGAAGGCCAUUGAGGAAGCAGCUUCAGUUGUCAAGGAGACACCUGUGCUUGUGCAAGAUACCGGAAAGAUAGAGACUCUAACUGUUGAAAUUGAAGGCUUGAAGGCUGCACUACAAUCUGAAACACAACGUGCUGACGAGUCUGAAAAGAAAUGUUCUGAAGCCCUGCAAUCAAGUGAAGAGCGGGGGAAGAAGUUAGAAGAUACAGAAAAAAAAGUCCAUAACCUUCAGGAAUCCAUGAACAGGUAGCGCUUGUGCACUAUUAUUGAAGUUUUUAUUUUUUAUUAUUGAUUUCCAGUUUCUUUGAGUGUUCUUUACCACUGAUAGUGCAACAUAAAGGAAAUAAUUAUACAUCCAUCCAUCACCUUUUAUCUCUCUUUAUUUCUCUUUCCCUGUAUGUGUGCAUUCAUCAUAGAGGAAUAUUUAUAUAUUGAUAGGUA